CUGCUGCUGCCUCUCCGUCCGAGGCGAGUGACCGCUUGGCUUCCUCCUCCUCUCGGACCAGCCCCGCCCCACUGCUCCCGAGGGGCGGGGGCGGCUGGAGGAGCGGCAGAAGCAGGCGGAGGAGGAGGAGGAGGAAGAAGAAGAAGAGGAGGAGGAGGAGGAGAAGGAGGAGGACCCUCUCCUCUCCUCUCCAAAGGCGCUUUUACGCACGGCGCGCCCUGGGGACGAAGAAGGGAAGGAGGAGGAGAAGGAGGAGAAGGAGGAGGGCGAACAGGUGGGACGCCAGAGGAGGAGGAGGAGGAGGAAGAGGAGGAGGGGUCUCGGCCCCAGCAGGAAGGGAGGAAGGAAGGAAGGAGGGCAAGGAAGGAGGCAGGAGCAAGGGAGCCUCCUCCGUCUCCUGUCCCGCGUGCGCCUCGCCCUCUCCAGCCUCUCCGUCCCCUUCCUCGCCUCCGGACCCGCCUCUCCUCACCUCUCGCUUGGCUCCGGCCCCUCCGGCCCCUCCCUGACCCCUUUCCAGCCGGACAGAAGGAGGACCAAGCCCGGGACAGGGCUCCCUUGCUCGCCAUGCCGAAGCCUCCCCCUCCGCCCGCCCCUCCGCCGCCUCUCCUGCUCCGCUCCGCCUCGGCUGCUGCUGCUGCUGCUGCUGCUUCGGCUUCGGCUUCUUCUCCCCCCCUGCCUCUCCCUCCUCCUCCCCCAGCUCCGUCCUCCCGGCCCGGGGAGAGCGCGCUGGGCCGCCAGUUCCGCGACUGGUGCCUCCGGACCUACGGGGACUCGGCCAAGACCAAGACCGUCACGAGGAGCAAGUACCGCCGCAUCGCUGAGGUCCUGCAAGGAGGAGGAGGAGGAGGAGGCGCCGGGGGUGGCUCCGGAGGAGGGGGAGGCAGCCAUGGCAGCAGUAGCCACGGGGGAGAGAAGGGCAAGUUCCAGUUCUGGGUGCGCUCCAAGGGGUUCCGCCUCGGGGACGCCGCCUCGCCCCCCGGAAAGGCGCCCGGAGUGGUCUACGUGCCGGUCAAGGCGGGGACGGGGGCAGAUGGUCUCUCGGAGCCGGAGGGCCUGGCUCUCAAGCGUGUGGCGGUGGUGGAGGACUUCUUUGACAUCAUCUACUCGAUGCACGUGGAGAGCUCCGCCGAGCCAGGGAAGGCGCCCAAGCAUGCUGGGCAGAAGAAGACCUACCGAGCGAUUGCGGAGACCUAUGCUUUCCUGCCCAGAGAAGCCGUGACCAGGUUCCUGAUGAGUUGCACCGAAUGCCAGAAAAGGAUGCAUUUUAACUCCAAUGGCGUGGAGCCCAAAGAAAACGAACCCCCUUCUUCUCUGGUCUCCGGCAUCAUCGACUACAACAUGCCCCUCACUUCCACCUACUUGAAGCAGAUGAAGCUGCGAGUUAUGAAUUCCCAAGACCAGGAUGAAACGUCGGUGAGCAGCGAGGAUUUUGAUAUGAGCGACUCCACAUGGAUGUCAGCUGACCAGCAUCUCAACUCCAGUUUGAGCCCCAGCCAGGCGGAAGGCAUGCGCAGCCCGCAGAACAUCCACAGCCAGGAAGACGACGACUCCUCGUCGGAGAGCUGCAGCGGGAACGGCUCCUCCACCUUGAACCCGUCCACUUCCAGCAGCACGCAAGGGGAUGCCGCCUACCCGGAGGUGAACGGGAAUGGCGCCGCCGCCCCCAUGGACUUCAGCACCACCGCCGAGGACCAGCCCAUCAACCUGUGCGACAAGUUGGCGCCGGCACACAUCGCCCCCUCCUUCACGCCCGACGGAUGCAGCGCCGAUGGUCUGCGGAGCCGGGCCAAGUAUGGAGCCAAAAGCACAGCAGAGUCUCCUCCAUACAGCUCCGGCAGUUACGACUCGGUCAAGACAGAGGUUGAAGACCUGACCAUCGGCAGAGCUCCCGCCGCGGACGAUGACGACGAUGACCAUGAUGACCACGAGGACAACGACAAGAUGAACGACUCAGAAGGGAUGGACCCGGAGCGGCUAAAGGCCUUCAAUAUGUUCGUCCGCCUUUUUGUGGAUGAGAACCUGGACCGCAUGGUCCCCAUCUCCAAGCAGCCCAAAGAGAAAAUCCAGGCCAUCAUCGAAUCCUGCAGCCGGCAGUUCCCCGAGUUCCAGGAACGGGCUCGCAAACGCAUCCGCACUUACCUCAAAUCCUGCCGUCGCAUGAAGAAGAACGGCAUGGAGAUGACGAGGCCCACACCGCCCCACCUGACCUCAGCCAUGGCCGAGAACAUCCUUGCGGCGGCCUGCGAGAGCGAGACGCGGAAAGCGGCCAAGAGGAUGCGGCUGGAGAUCUACCAAACGUCGCAGGACGAGCCGGUGGCCCUGGACAAGCGGGACGCGGCCCCCGUCACCCACUCCUCCUACUCACUGCCAGCCUCUUCCUUCUCCCAAGACCCCGUCUACAUCAACGGGACCCUCAACUACAGCUACCGGAGCUUUGGGGGCAGCAGCCUGCAGCCCACCCCUCCGCUCCAGGCGGGGAACCACAGCAACGGCCCUACUGACCUCAGCAUGAAAAGCGGCGCGUCCGGCACCGCCGCCAAUGCCGCCACUAAUGCCGCCGCCACCAACACCACCAAUGCCGCCCCCGCGACCCCUGCCAACAGCACGAACCGGGGAGUGACGGCCGCCCAACUCAGCCCCACGGAGAUCAGCGCGGUGCGGCAGCUGAUCGCCGGCUACCGGGAGUCGGCCGCCUUCCUCCUCCGCUCUGCCGACGAACUGGAAAACCUCAUUUUACAGCAGAACUGACUGCUGCCCGCCUCCCUGCGGCCCCCGGGCUGGGAGGAGACACUACUGCCUGGCGAACCCGGAAAAUCUGCUCAGGACGGGCCGUUCCCUUUGCCUACCGACUGCCACUCCCCUGGGACAGGCACUUGCUUUUUUUACGUGUGGCGGCAGGCAACAUUCCUCCUCCUCCUCCUCCAUCUGCCUUUGGAGCUACGCAACUGUGACAGUGUGCAACACCACCCGGAAGGAGCCGAGAGAGGCAUUGUAGGACUUUGGUUGGGGUGGGGAAGGGAGUCAGGGUGGGACGGAGCCUCAGGCACAGUCGGGAUUUUGCUUUGUGGAGCCCAGUGACGGUAGAGCCCUUCCCAGACUCCCCCGUCCCGUCCCCAUCCUGCCUCCUCCACGUCUUAGGACUUGCGUAUUUAUUGAGAGGCGGACCCUCUCCCCUUUCUCCCUUCCAUCCCACCUUAUAAUUUAUUUUACUCUUGUUCCUUUCCUGGAAAAACGGACCCUUGAGGUUGUAGAGAUUUGCCACUUUUUUGUGUCGGUCAGAGGAGGAAGAGGUUUCGUUCCAAGACUCCCACACAUUCCGUCCAGCUGGUCGUCUCCUUGGAGAAUCGGUGGGGCAGGGAAAAGCGGAGCCAAACCACAUUUGGGGGGGGGGGAGGCAGAAAAUGGGGAGCGGGACCAAACACCUGAUUAUCUGCUGGCUCCUCCCAGUGCCCAGCAAAUGGGCCCCCCCCCCCCCCCAACAUCACCCCGGCUCCAAGUUGACCCCCCCUCCUUUCCGGGACCUCAGCCACUCUUCACUCCAAGGACUCGCUUUGGUCACUUUAAAGGAAAAGCCACUGGGGGCCAAGAGACCAAACAACUGCCUGGCCUUCGUCCUCCACCCUCUACCUCACUCUGGAUGGCGGUGUGUCCCCCAAGUUCUCCCCCCGAAAUCGGCUCUUGGAUGGAGAGCCCAACCUCAGGGGACCCCUUCUAUUGGCGGCCCGAGCUGCUGCUGCUUCUAGUUUUUCUUCCCCAUUUCGGGAGGAAGCCACACACUCUCUUUUUCCCCCUCGGGAGAAGAGUCUCCGAAGGAGGCAAACCCAAUCUUUCCUGUUCUUGUUCUUUCUGCAAGGUUGUUUGUUUUGUUUUGUUUUGUUUCCCCCUGAAAGGGCCCUUUGCAGCCCGGCAAGGUGUCUGGAAAGAGGCUGAGCCACUUUUUUCCCCCUCCUCCAAACGACCCCGUCCUCCCUGUAGUCCUUGUCAUGCACUUGUUUUGCUCGGUGCAAUAUUGAGCCAUGCUACUAAAAUCAGGAACGGAGGAGAGCGGGCUGCUAGAACCGAUACGCCAUGGUCAGCAGUGGCAACCAGAAACUCUCCAGCCUGAGUCCGGCCGGAUUCUCUAAACCCCCUUCCACUCCUCGCUGGCCUUCAUCCGCCCCAUUAAGCACCCCACUUUUCCCCAGACUGCGGAAGAGCAGCAUUGCUGAGAUGCUUUCUUUCUUGGCAGCCUCCCAUCUUCAACGCCUCCCUCUGCCUUGUCCCACCAAGUGGGACACAGCGAGCGUUCCACUUCUGUGGCCAUCCCGGCCAGUUUCGUUUUGUGGAAUGGGGUUUCUUUCCAUAUCCACGCCUGUGGGGUCCGGCUGUCAGUCUUAAGCCACUGUUUACACCCAAGAACCUCUCAGGAAUCAAUGGUGGCCAAUACUCUCAAGAGGUUUCUAGCCAUUGCUGCUGCCCGUAAACUUCAGCCGCUCUGCAAGAGAGCAGCUGUUGUUCUCAUUCAUCUACUGUCUCGUUUCUUUAUUGGGAAAAGACCGGAAUUUCAGGGGUUUGCUGGAUUAAGCCUUCCAGCGUGCACCCAACCCCUUUCCAACUUGAAUUCCCCUCCUGCCCUGGGUGCACCAAGCCUGCUGUUCUUCCUUCCAAAUUUGAUUUCCGUGUAAAUAUUUAUUGAUGGGUAAAGCGCCAGCGGGGAACAACCCUAACCCGUUACAAUUCUUGUUUAGUUCCUAAAAUCACCUUGCCACAAGCCCUUUGUGGAAAACAUAGCAUUUAGAAGAGUGGCAGAGACAAUCGCUGUCCUGAGAAAUCCUCAUCCUUUGCUAGAGGCACCGCCAGGAAGACAUAGCCAUGACAUUUGGGGGGGACGGAGGGGUGCUUCGGUGGUGACUGCUUUUGUUAAGAUGCCUCUGGAUCAAAUAGGAGACCACGUCCAUGUUGGGACUUGGCUUCGCACGCCGGUGGCUGCUUUGUGAGUUUUCAAACCCUAGCAGGACACGGUAGGGGCCGGAACGGGCCAAAAGAGAGAGGGAAAAGUCCACUGGGCUCACAACCCAACACUUGGCCUUCAUGGAUUCCUGGCAGGUCCCACAUCUGGCAUCUGUAUGCUCCAUUUUUGGGUCAAAGAAGCCAUUUCUUGGCCCUUUUUGAACAGGGACCCUGGGCCUUUUCAACAUAGCCUUGCAAGCUGGUUAUCUUAAAAAAUCAGGAAUCAUAACCCACUUGCAAUUCUGUGUUGAAAAAGGCCGAAGCCUUUAACGCAAACUGGUGAAGGGAAAGACUAAAACCUUGCCCUGUGGCCAUUACUUCCCCACCCUGCUCUUUCUCUCCCAGUGUUUUCUACCCAGCAGCAACACCUUGGUCCCGGAAGAGCUUUCUCUGGACACUUAGCAGAAAUGACUCCCUUCUCGUCCCAUCCGUUCCCCGACCCCAGGGGCCACUUCCCCCUCCUUUGCGGGUGGCCGCUAACAGCCUGCUCCAGUUCAUAUUCAAGAAAAUGCUGCUUUGAACUCAGAGGGUUUAAAAUAUUUAAAAAAAACCAGAAGUUUUGAUUUGUAAAACUUUUUUGUAAAACUUUUUACAAGGUAGCCUAGCGAUUUCACCGAGAUUACCAACUACAAUCUGUCCGUGGUCUGAUUUUUUUUAUAUCUUUAAUCUAUCUAUAUAUAAUUUAGUGGUGCUUUUUAGAGCGUUUGGUUUGGUUGUUGUUUCCAAGAGCCGCCACGGCUCAAAAAAAAAAAAAAUGUUUCUUCGCCUGUAUUGUACCUAAGACCAAUGUGAACCUUUGUACUUUUUUGCUCCUGACUUUGGACUCAGUGAAAGUGUACCUGUUUACAUGUACAGAAAACCUCCCAAGUAAACCCCUCCGUUCUGUGUUCUGCAAGGAGACCCGCUUCUUUUGGGCGAGGAAGGCGAAAAGCCUCGCCGGCGUUUUCAUCUGCUUAGCAAAAGCCACACGACCCCCCUUAUUCCAGAUCCCACCCAUUUCUGUACCCCGAAAAAUAACACGGUGGGUGCACGCACCCAGACCCAGGGUGAAAAAAGGGGGUGUGCACACUGAGAUUCCCCUUGUUUUCCUCGUGGCGAGUUCUGUUAUCAGCCUCUCGGACCCAAAGAGGUCCGCUGAAGGCAAACAGGUAGGGUUUCACUCCUCAGUCAAAUCACAGGAUGCUCCCAUUCGAGGCAUCCGCUCCUCUCCUUUUAGCACCACGAAGGCAGGCCACAAAGUGGGACCAAGGGGGGGGGAAGAUGCAGGGAGAGGGCAGUUUCCAGGGGCUUCAAAAGCCCAGCGCUUGACGCAAGACACCCGCGUGCAUUUUCCUAGAGACGUGGCCCUAGAAGCCGAACGGCACUGAGAACCAACUUGAAAAAGUAACACUUUGCUGAAAUCAGUCGAAUUCUCUUUUGAAGACUUUUCCUGACAGGCACCUAUGCAAUUUUACGUGGCUCUUCUAAGCAGAUGGGCACUUCCUCCUCCAUAUGUGCUAUGGAGAGAAAAAAAAUUAAUACUUUUUUUGUGUUCUAUACAGUGGAUCUUUUUUCCGAGUAAAUGUGGCUUAAUAUUUUAAAAUUCUUAGAGCGUGUGUUUGUUCUACGUGAUGCAACUUUAAAAUUCUGUUUCUGUUUGUGAAAUGAGUAGCACAGGCCAACCUCCUUUGUCCCACUCACUUUGAAAAAAAAACAAAAACAAAAACGAAAAAGACCAACGAGCUGUUUUAAAUCAAGCGGUUCUUUUCCAUCCAUGGUAUUACUUGCUAAAUGCACUGAUUUCAUAAGUAUGUGGAAUUUCUUUUGGAGUCUGUAUAUCAUAUUAUAAGACUGAAUCUACUUAAUAAACACUGUAUAACAAACAGAA